GCAUCUCUGCUGCGGGGCCGGUCGGGACGGAGGAGACAAGAUGGCGCUGCGGGCGAUGCGGGGGAUCGUGAAUGGGGCUGCGCCCGAGCUACCCGUGCCCACCAGUGGGCCUACGGUGGGAGCUCGGGAGCAGGCGCUCGCAGUUAGUCGGAACUACCUCUCCCAGCCUCGCCUCACAUACAAGACAGUAUCAGGAGUCAAUGGGCCACUAGUGAUCUUAGAUCAAGUUAAGUUUCCUAGAUAUGCUGAGAUUGUUCACUUGACAUUACCAGAUGGCACAAAAAGAAGUGGGCAGGUUCUAGAAGUUAGUGGUUCCAAAGCAGUGGUUCAGGUAUUUGAAGGGACUUCAGGUAUAGAUGCCAAGAAAACAUCUUGUGAGUUUACAGGGGAUAUUCUCCGAACACCAGUGUCUGAGGAUAUGCUUGGUCGGGUAUUCAAUGGAUCCGGAAAACCCAUUGACAGAGGCCCUGUUGUGUUGGCCGAAGAUUUCCUUGACAUCAUGGGCCAGCCAAUCAAUCCUCAGUGUCGAAUCUACCCAGAAGAGAUGAUUCAGACUGGCAUUUCAGCCAUCGAUGGCAUGAACAGUAUUGCUAGAGGACAGAAAAUUCCUAUCUUCUCUGCUGCUGGUUUACCACACAAUGAGAUUGCAGCUCAAAUCUGUCGCCAGGCAGGUUUGGUAAAGAAAUCCAAAGAUGAUGUAGACUACAGCGAGGAAAAUUUUGCAAUUGUAUUUGCUGCUAUGGGUGUAAACAUGGAAACUGCCCGAUUCUUCAAGUCUGACUUUGAAGAAAAUGGCUCAAUGGACAAUGUCUGCCUCUUUCUGAACUUGGCUAAUGACCCAACCAUUGAGCGAAUUAUCACUCCUCGUCUGGCUCUAACCACAGCUGAAUUUCUGGCCUACCAAUGUGAGAAACAUGUGUUGGUUAUCCUAACAGACAUGAGUUCUUAUGCAGAAGCACUUCGAGAGGUUUCAGCAGCCAGGGAAGAAGUUCCUGGUCGACGAGGUUUCCCAGGUUAUAUGUAUACAGAUUUAGCCACAAUAUAUGAACGCGCUGGUCGAGUGGAAGGUAGAAAUGGCUCUAUUACUCAAAUCCCUAUUCUCACCAUGCCUAACGAUGAUAUUACUCACCCUAUCCCUGACUUGACUGGAUAUAUUACAGAGGGUCAAAUCUAUGUGGACAGACAACUGCACAAUAGACAGAUUUACCCACCUAUUAAUGUGCUGCCUUCAUUAUCACGGUUAAUGAAGUCUGCUAUUGGAGAAGGCAUGACCAGAAAGGAUCAUGCCGAUGUAUCUAACCAGCUGUAUGCGUGCUAUGCAAUUGGUAAGGAUGUACAAGCCAUGAAAGCCGUAGUUGGAGAAGAAGCCCUUACCUCAGAUGAUCUUCUUUACUUGGAAUUUCUCCAGAAGUUUGAGAGGAACUUUAUUGCCCAGGGUCCUUAUGAAAACCGCACUGUCUAUGAGACUUUGGACAUUGGCUGGCAACUGCUCCGAAUCUUCCCCAAAGAAAUGCUGAAGAGAAUCCCUCAGAGCACCCUGAGCGAGUUCUACCCUCGAGAUUCUGCAAAGCAUUAGCUGCUGCUUCAUCGCUGGCUCUGUAACUCUUGUGAAAUACUGGUUCUGUUUUCUUUAUUCCUUUUGCACUCCCCUCAUCCCCACCGUUGCGUUGGAGUUUACUGUGUUACCCUGUAAUUAAAAACAAAGAAUAGGUAACAUUGUGCCAGUGUUCCGAUGUUUUAAACUGAUAACAGACUUCAAAAUAUCUCCUGUUCUGAAAGCCUGGAUCUUCAAUGCUUUGUUUAAAAUAGCUGCAGGGAUACAGGUGAGGUUUUCUUUUUGAAGUGUGUAUUUGUACAUAGUGGUUUAGUUUGUCACCUAAUAAUGUCUUCAUUAUUUGGGUCUCCCAGGCCUUAUCUCUCAAACCUCUCAAGAGCAUCGCUGUCUGAAGUUAACAUUGCUUUGGUCUUCAAAUUAGGGGCAAGUUCUGAUCUGAAAGAAACCUCCUUUAGGAAGCACCAAGAGGUACUUCUGAGCACUUGCCUCUGGGUCUGUGCUGCUACUCAAAGCAGAUGGUUUUUACUGUCCACUUUAACUUUCCUACUUAAUGAAUCGAUUUAACAAAAGUUUUCCCCUUAAUUUUAGUGUUUGUGAGUUGGGACUCUGUAUCUUACAGUUAUCCCUCUGAGUAACACAUAGAAUCAUGCAUCUUUUGCACAGCUGGCAUUUAUCUGGACUAGUAAGAUGCCUGGUCUUGGUAAUCUUUACUGGAUUUCCAUGUAGAAGAACCACACUUUCUUGGAAACAAUUGGAUGCAGUAAAAAGAAAAAGAAAAAAUCUAAUCUUUUUCACAUUAUGACAUGCUAACAGUGGUUUACCUUUCUAGAGCAUUUACUAGAUGCCGAAGGCAAGGUAGGGAGGAGAAAGGUGACAACUCAUGUAUUUAUGGAUAUUUUGGACUCUGUUAGCCAGCAGCCUUUGGAAAUCCCCCGUUUUUGCUUUCUGACCUCUCUCUGCCUUUUCAGGGUAAUCUUGUGGCACAAGUGAUAGCAUUUUAAAGCUUUAGAAUUUUAAUUCCUGCUCCUUUCUGCCGUUAGCCCUAAAGCUAUCUUCUGUGCAGUCCUACCAUAUCAACUGUUUGGUCUCUUUGUGUUCUUUGUUACUUGGGUGCAAUAGCAACUUCUGUACUCUAUGCAUUCCAUCUUUCAAGUUGUGUAAAGUUCUUCACUUUUUUCUCUGAGGGUGUAGGGGGUGGGAUGGGGGGAAAUAAGCAUGAUAAUAUUUUAAUGUA